CUCAUGCUACACAUCCCACAAAGCCUCACGAGUCUCUGUCACACCGUCUCAUAGCUUCACAUAGCAUUUCUGGUCUGUGUCCAGCAACCUCUGACUCUGAAGGGACUGACAAAACGUCAAAACAACAACCUUGACGGUGAGAUGAAGACUGAGAAGGAGCCGGGGGUCGCGAAUAGUGUUUUGGAAGAGGCUCCAUCAUCUGGGAGGUCAAAGAAUGGAUAUGUUUUCCAGGAGAUGGAGUUGCGAGAUGUGGAGCGGGAGGAAUGUGUUGAGGGCAAAGUGGGGAACCAUGACAAUACACCUAAGGACCACUAUGACACUAAGAUCCAAACAGGGAUUUCAGUUCCAGAUGACUCUGGGGAUGACCCUGGGGUUGGGCUCCUGAACACAUCAAGAAAAUAUGUGAAGCCGAUGAACUUCCAGGAGGAAGUGCGUGGCCACCGGGACCUAGAUGGCUUCCUGGCCCAGGCCAGUAUCCUAUUGGAUGAUAAGGCAACCACUCUAGACGAGGUGCUAAGGUGCAUGCUGACCCAUGUAACGGAAGACGGCCACGGGAGCUGUGACAUGGACGAGGUCAUGAACACUGUGUUCACAGACACAGGAGGAGAUGAGGACAAUGUGCAAUUGUUGUCCGAGACCAUUCAGGGUGUGACUGCUUCUGCCACUGGAGUCCGCUACCAGCAGUCCUGGCUCUGUGUCCUAUGCAAUGUGAAGAGCCUCCAGAGACGCCACGUCUGCAUCGCCCGUCUGGAGAGACCACAGAACUGGGGAGCAAACUGUUGUGAGGCUCGAUAUGUCAUCCUCAUUCUCUCCCCACCUAGGACGAAAAGCACCAAGACAGCUAUCGAGCUGGGCCGCACAUUCGCCACCAUGUUCUCAGACAUCUCCUUCAGACAGAAACUGCUGGACGCCAAGACCCAGGAGGAGUUCAAACAAGAGCUGGUGCACCAGCGUCAUCAUCUCUCCACGGUCAAUGAGAAACCAGCUACAGAGAAGCAGAUGAUCCAUGCAGAAACGGACCCACGCAGCAAAAAAACACUAAAAUGUGCAGAUUUCUUUAAAGUUGGCCAAGGUAUCUAUGAGGAUCUUCGUCGGCGACUACCACUCUAUCCCUCCGACUUCACAGACGGUAUGUACGGCAAAGACCGCUCCUGGCUGAAGUACACCACCACCGCCAUCUUCCUGUACAUUGCAAUUCUACUUCCUAACAUCGCCUUUGGUUCGCUGAACGAUGAGAGCACGCGGGGAGAGAUAGAUGUCCGGAAAGUCAUCGUUGGCCAGAGCAUCGGAGGAGUGAUCUACGCUCUGUUUGCUGGUGCUCCUUUGGUUAUCCCACUGACUACUGCACCCCUGGCCAUCUUUAUUAGCGUGAUCCGGGGAAUCUGUGAUGACUACGAUUUGGACUUCCCUGCCUUCUAUGCCUGCAUUGGCCUGUGGAACAGCUUCUUUCUCAUCCUGGGAGCACUUUUGAAUGUCAGUCUGUUCAUGAAGCUCUUCAAACGCUCAUCAGAGGAAAUCAUAGCCCUGUUCAUUUCAAUAGCCUUUGUUGGGGACUCGGUGAAAGGCACUGUCAAAGUCUUUAAUUACUUCUACCACGGGCCCACGCUGGCAACCAAUAACAGCACGCGGGUGCUUCUAGAGAUCAAGGAGUUAAUGGAGAAGGCUGCAAAUGCAACAGAGAGGCUGGGGAAUGGGACCAGCCAUGGGGCCCCUGUGGUGAAGCAUGACACGCAUGUGUUUCUGCCCGAGUCUCUGGUCCUGUGUACCAGGGAGAGGCCUAUCCUCUGUCUCCUGCUCAUGCUGGGGACUCUGUGGUUGGGGUAUGCCCUCUACCAGCUGAGGAGGAGUCCUUAUCUGCAUGCCAAAGUGAGAGAGGUGGUGUCUGACUGUGCCUUACCCAUCGCUGUCGUUAUAUUCUCCUUCAUUGGUUCCUUCCUUUUCCUUGAUGUAGAGCUUCCUGUGUUCAACUUCCACAACGGGAAGAUCUUCAGGCUGGCCCAGUUUGACAAGCUGACGGGCAUGAACUGUCUGAGCGCUGUAGGCUUAGGCUUCCUCCUGGCGCUGCUCAUCUUCAUCGACCAGAAUAUUGUCAUAUCACUCACCCACGUCCCCGAAGCCAAGUUGUUGAAGGGAACUGCAUUCCACUGGGACCUGAUGCUGACCGGCUUCAUCAACAUCCUCAUGUCGUGUCUGGGUUUGCCGUGGAUGCACGCCGCAUUCCCACACUCCUCCCUGCACGCACGUCAGCUGGCCAAGGUGGAGCUGCACGUGGAGGGGGGACACCUCUAUGAAACCAUUGUCAAUGUGAAGGAGACGCGGAUCACGGCUCUGACGGCUAACAUCCUGAUCGGCCUGUCAGUGUUCUUGUUACCCAUCCCUCUGCAAUGGAUCCCCAAGCCUGUCCUCUACGGCCUUUUCCUCUACAUAGCAGCCACCUCCCUCGACGGCAACCAGAUGUUUGACCGCAUACUCCUCCUCCUCAAAGAACAGACUUCCUACCCUCCCACCCACUACAUUCGGAGGGUGCCCCAGAAGAAGGUGCACUUCUUCACAGCCCUGCAGAUACUGCAGUUGAUCAUCCUGUGUGCGUUUGGCAUGUACCCUCUGCCCUAUAUUAAGAUGAUCUUCCCCUUCUUGAUGAUCCUACUCAUUCCCAUCAGGACUAACCUGCUGCCAAGGGUAAUCGAGGCGAAGUAUCUGGACAUCAUGGAUUCCCAGCACAUGUAGACAGACAGAGGGAGAACUCUGAAAGGACUGAUACCAAGGCCUUGAUUCAAUCUGUAGCGCUGAAGACCUGCGCUAAAGCUCAAUAGAAAUUUAAAGAUAAUGUUCCCGCAUUUGCGGAGACUGCAUUCAAAGAAGGUGCUGUCGGCUCAAUCAGAAAUUACCGUUCAAUUAAAAUCGCACUACAGUGCAAAUCUUCAGCUCUAUGAAUUGAUUUGGCCCAAAAAAUACAAAAUGUAUUUUGUAAACUGGGUCAAAGGCGUAUAAGGUUUUCAAAGUAGCAAAAAAAUAAAACAGCAAUUACAAUUCCCUUCAAAUCCUUUUUUAUGUUCAUUGGAGUGUCACAUAUGCCCUUAUAUUAGUUAUAUUCAAGAAUAAAGGCAAUAAUAAAAAAUGUGUGAUUCAUAUGAAUGUACCCCAGUAAAAUGUCAUUCAGUAUAACACUAAGUGUUAAAAAAAAAUGUAUGCCCAUUUUUCAUAAUUCCAAGGUUAUAUCCAUGCUUAGACUGGCAGAAAUAUAACUACCCAGAAAAUAUGACAUUAUUUUAUUUUGAAUACCACAUAUUUUAUGUGUCACAGGUACAACUCAACAUUUAUUGAAGGUUUUUUACAUAAACUUCCUGCCUUACACUGAAAGAAAUUGUAAAAUCGACAAAAAUAUCUUUCAAUUCAUCCUUUGAGAUUUGGUUUUGUCUAUCUGAGUCAACAAAACAAAGUUACUGCAUUUUMAUAUAAAAUACUGGUGUUAUACUGUACGACAAUAUUUUGUUACCCUGAAUGACACAUAUCACUACGGCCCAAAAAUAUUGAUUAAAUGUGAUUCCUUCAGCAACAACAAUAAUGAACUAUUAUUAGUAGCCACAAUAGUAUUUUUCAAGGACUCAGAUGGUUGCUCCAGCUCUGGAGGUGCAGGUUCAUGUUGUACUUGUACAAGUUGUUCAGGGGGCUGAUCAAAAGAGUUUCCUCCAGUGGAUACUGGAGUUAAGUUGAUCACCACAUUCAUUUGUUUGAUUCUUUCAUGGUGUCUCCUCUAAUUUAAUCUACAUUUUUCCCUCUUUUUCAGCAUCAGAUUGUGUCAUUGUAUGGAUGGGUGGAUGAUCAGGAUUGACAUCCUUCUUUCUUCUCUGAUAGCUAAAAAACGAAAAUGUAAUAGUUAUGACACUGGCACAGAAUAGGAUUCACAUCCAUGAAAUGUUAUUAGUAGUCUAUUAAAAGUAGGCUAUACAAUGAUAACACUUAAUCAAAGUUUAAAAGUUAAAUCAACUCCCUCUYCUUUUCUCUCCCAAACAUGUUUUGUUACUAUUUCAUUGCUAAUGUUAAUAAUAAUGACUUUACUAUAAUUUGAGCCUGUGGCAACACUUUACGUUGCAUUAAAUUGCAUUAUUACACAAUUAUUACAUGAUAGUUAAUGUUAUAAUUAUACAUUGUUACACUGUAACUGGUCAAUUUCUAUUUAAUGCAGGUACACAAAUGAAGCAGCUAUUAACCAAAAUCCAUUUUUAAUCCAUAAUUGUGUGUGUGUGUGUAAUAUUAUAUUAACUAAUAUAAUCCAUCAGUUAUACCUUAACUGCAGUGCAAUAAAACAUUAACUACAGUGUAAUAGUGCAACUUAAUGUUAAGUAUUAUCCACCCAGCUUUAUAUCCUAUUAUAUCCUAUUCUGUUGCUGACAGUAGCAUGAAACAAUGAAAACAAAACCUUGCUUUUCUUCUGGCUAGUCUUUCAUCCCUAGCAACUGGAUCUGCAUUAAUCUUUUGUCUGUGUCGUGCAGCCCUCUCCUUAUUAGACAACGGCAUCUACAGUAUAAAGAUAAUGUGCCAUGAAAUACCUUAAAAUGUCAUAAAAUUGUUUACAAUGAUAAUAUUCAGUAUUCAUACAACAAGUAAAUAUGAAUUGCAUGAUUAAAUGUUGUAAACUAGUGAAAACAUGGAUAACAAAGCUACUGUCAUUCAGCAUAACGGGUGACAUUGUGGUAUAACAUGAAACUUUUGUUGUGCUGAAGAACAAAAGUGUGAUACUUAAGGAUGGAUUUCAUGCAUAAACAUAUUUAACAGGCAGUUCCUUGGCCAUCUAUAUAAAUUAAUGACAUUGACCUAUAAAGAUUAUCCUUACUUUUUUAUAUUUAAUAGAGCUUUUUAUAAAAUAAUAAGAUUAAAAGUAUAUUUUCAGUGUUGUACUGAAGGACAUGCAUUUUCGUUACAAAGGUUACUAAAGGGUGAAAAGGUGAAAUCAUCAAAUAUUUCAGAGAGAUUUACUCACCUCAUCACAUUGAUAGAGGGUCUUCAAUGGGUCUUCUUUGUGAUGUCACACACUGUCACAUGAUUACCAUCAUGUGAUAURCUUUAAAAUGGCUUUUUACCUUACCUUACCUGUUAUACUGAAUGACAUUGAUGAAACUCAAAAUUCCGGACAAAAGUUAUUAAAGUUUUAAAAUAUUUUUUAGAUACAGUAUGUCGCCUAUUAUUCUAUAUAUUGUUGCAAACACUAACACAAUUAUGCCAUGGGUGUUCAUUUAUAUUUUUAGGAUGAAUUUCUACAUUUUAAAAACACUUUUGUCAUUAGAAUUUUUACCCGGACAGUUACACUGAAGGACAUUUUGACACUUUAGAGCUCAUUAACUCCCUUAAUUUAAUAGUUUGCAACACAAAUAUUUCUGGGUGAAAAGAAGGGUAAGAGUUGAGUGAUUUAAUAUUAUAUUCACACAUAUUUAGAUUUUUCUGUAAAAUGAAUGGCCUUCGGACACCAAAUUUACACGUCUCGUCUUUGACCCAGUACAUGUUAAGGCACUUUGACUCCAAGAGUACAAGACUGUGACUGGGUUGCAACCGGUUGUUGACUGAAAUUGAAAUCUGGAUGGACCACAAUUUUCACCUUUUUUAUUUGUUAUGUAUAAGCCGUGCUUCUACAUCUGCAUUGCUUGCUGUUUGGGGUUUUAGGCUGGGUUUCUGUAUAGCAUUUUGUGACAUCGGCUGAUGUAAAAGGGGCUUUAUAAAUAAAUGUGAUUGAUUGACGUACAGUAGUUGCUUAAUCUAUGUAGUUGCUUUAUCUAUAUAGUUGCUUAUAUAUUUAACAUACUCUUUAACCUCUCUUCUUAUUGUAUUAUGAGAAAUUCUGUACAACACAAGGCAUUAUCUAAUGCUGCCCCUGACCCACACCCUACCUUUAUAUAACAUGUUUAAGCUCAUUGUAUUGUUGUAUAUGAAUAAGAUAAACAUUUAGAAAGAUUAACAUUGUUUUGGUUUUAGGCUGGGGUCUGCAGAUAGUCAUGGUUGUUUAUACUGUAGUUCAAUAUUUUUGGAUACUUAUACAAAAUCAAUUCACAAUGAAUUGGCCAGAUUGCAAUGCAAAAGAGCCAUAACUUCUGCAACUACAAAGUAACAUACAGGAUAUUAAUGUAAAACAAACAAAUAUGUUGCACAGUAUACUGCUUUCCUGCUGUUUAAGCUGUUACCAAACGAAUAAAGCCUUUUAAAUUA